UCUAAUAUGUGCAUGUCUGAGUAUGUGGACAUUAAAAGAGUACCAAGGACGGAAACUUCUGUUUUCUGGGUUUGUUGGGUUAUCAUUUGAUAAAGAGCAUGAUAUUGUUGUCUGUGUAGAAGGAAAUAAGAUCUUACUGCACCUUGUCCACAAGCGCUCCAAGGGCCUGAUAAUACCUGAUAUAGCCACCAGUGUCCGGGAUUGUUUGUUUGUCACUUUGGAGAGAAUAUCUGAAUUUUAUCAGUCAACUAUCCAUUGUAAAGCCAACAACAAGUUACCAUUCCACACUGAGUAUUCCUGCUCAAAAUUAAACUGUUUUACUCCAGAAGAAUAUAUGGUUGUAGAUACAGAGGAAUUUCUUUGCGAACAUGGUGAAAACAUUAAACACAACUGGAGAGUUUGGAAUCAGAAACUGGAACAAAUGCAGUGUGAUCCUAGUUGUCCAGGUUUGAGUGAAUAUUCUUUAGAUCAAAUUCCAAGUAACCCCGAGUUGCUUCGUCUUUCUGGUACUUGUGAGGAAGACUUGAUACAUGAAUUAGCACUUCGUCUUGGAAUGGAAGAGAUAGAUUGGAGAGAUAUUGUCAAGAAUUACACAGGAAAUACACAGAUGGUCAAGUUUUUGACACUUAUUCACUUGAAAGAGAAUUAUUCAAUAUGUUUUGGAGAUCUAGAUAAAAGUUUGCAAGAAAUGAAAUUAACAACACACACAUUAUGCAUGGUCAGGAGAAGAAAACAAGUGAAAUCUAGAAUUCCAGACGAUAUAUUAGAUUGUAUCCCUACAGAUGAAAUUUUAGACAAGCUAGCACCACAGAUUGGAAAAAUGGUUUUUCAACUUGGAACAGAACUCGGAUUAUCCAUAGCGGAUUUAGAAAACAUCGACAAAUGUAGUCCCGAUUUGACAGCCCAAAAUAAGGAAGUGUUAUUUACUUGGAGAAAAGACAGAUCAGUAAAACCUACAAUACGGGUUAUUAAACAAGCUUUGGUUAAUAUAAGAAAAGGUGUACGUUGUUUAGAGGAGGUUGUGAAGAACAUAGAUGCAAAAACAUUAAGAGCUGUGGAAAUUGUUACAGAUAAAAUUAGAGAUAAUGCAGACGGAAUCAUACAGGACAUACAAACCAGCCAAAUUUUAGACCAUAUGAUGACACAUCUGGUGAUAUCAGUAGACGACAGACGUUAUAUUGAACAUUAUCCUCGACAAGACGAUCAGAACAAAGCAUUGCUGGAUAUUGUAAUUAAAAGGAGAGAACCAGCUUACAGUGUGUUUGUUGGUGGAUUACGUAUUUAUGGAUACGAAGAUAUCGCUAAUGAUUUGAAAUGUGAUUUCAGUCCAAGUCCAACACCAACAUCUGCUGAAACUAAAGGCCUAUGGAAUUUUCCAUUAUAUAAAGUUCGUCUACAAAAGAACUACCUCAUGGUCAUCACUAAUAUACAACACGAGAACAUAGUAGAUCAUCUAAUAUCAAGAGAGGUAUUGUCAGUUGAUGAUGGGAAGAAGAUAGAAUCUGGUAAAACCCCACAGGAAAGGAACAGGAAUUUAAUGGACAUGCUGUUGCGUAAAAAUGAACAGGGAUAUAAUGAAUUUCUCAAAGCCCUAAAGAAAGACUCAAUUUAUGUAGAUCUAGCAGAGCAAAUAGAAAAGACAGAAGUUACUAGCACAGAUAUAACAACCCUUCAUUCAUGUUUUAAAUAAAUGUAAUUUCUUUCAAAAAAAACCUUUACACGAGAAGGUUAAGACAGCUAGGACAAACACAUGUAAACAAUGAAUAGAAGGAGGUAUUGUCAAUCCAAUGUUCAAUGAUUUGGUCACUUAAACCAUCAAAGUGAAUGAAUCACAAUAUAUUAAUGAUUACAAUCUUUUAUAUUAUAAAUAUGUCAUUUGAAAGUGUCAUGCUUGGCAAGGAAAAAGAUAAAAUAUGUACCCCUUUUACGAGUAUUCAUUCCUGUAAACACAAAUCCCCCUACGAGUGUUUGUUCCAUAACAGAUAUGAUAACUUUGAAGCAGUCAUGAUAUAUUUUAUAUUCAUAUAAAACAAUUUAAAUGCAUCUUUAUACAAUUAUUAGGAACCAGUAAUUGGAAAGUUCAUAUGCACUACUGUUUUCUCAAAAGUCAAAACAUAUGGCUGUGUGGCAUAUUUUCAACAUUUUUAGGCCUCAAACUUCCAAGAAUUUAAACCUACAUGUAUACUGAAAAAAUGUAUUUUCUCUCACUUAACAUUUGGUCCUUCACAGAAUUUAAUUUGGCCGCUAUCCAUGUGAAUUCAUACUGGUAAAAUUCCUAAGAUGUGUCUCAUUGAGAUGCAACAUAGUAUCAUAUCUAGCAACCAGUAGGUAAACAAAACAUAUAUCACUAGUAGAUAUCCCAAAAUAGGCGUUGUUUGUGAAACAGCUGUAUUUACAAAGUGCAACCUUAAGGAAAUGUCAUAACUUGAUACAAUAUAUUAGAUGUACUAUUUUGAUGAAUUUUGAAUAACCUACAUAGCUGCAAUUAGGUUAUUAUCAAUUUCUUUUCAGUCAUAAUUGUGUAUGUUAAUCUCUUAAAGCUGUUCAAUGUUACCUUAAUAGUCAAUUUAGGUCUACAUUUUAUGUCUAAUGAAUAUUAAAGUAUGCACAUAUGAAAUAAUUAAUUCAGUGA